CAUUAAUUUUUACUUCUGACAUUUGAAACAACAGCACCUGAUAAAUUAAUUAAAUAAAGUACUUAAAUCUCUGUAAUUCUUCCACCAGGAUAAUUCUGUUAAGUUGAAGCCUUGUGACUUUACGCAGGUGUACAUAUUUUCUUAUAGAUUCAUUUCUGGUGUCAUUGUGUAUUACAAUGUAUUGUUUUCAAAGGUUUGUAUGUUAUUGUGCUACCUAGUCCACUCUCUCCAAACAUUCUAUAUUAUAAAGAUCAUUAUAUUGGACAGUGAUUAAAUCUGACAUUUCUCUAUUUUCUAUAUCUUUGGUUACUGCAGACAGUCCCAAACAUGUGACAGUUCAAGCCAAUCCUGGUCUUGAUGUGAAUGAAAAUGUGUUGUUGACACUGAGCUGUUCUGCCGAGUCCAACCCACCAGUGAGCUCUGUCACCUGGAGGAAGACGACUGAUGGGAGAGAGGAAAUCAUCCAACAGACUCAGACUCAGACCUUCAGGGUGAAUUCAGCCAGUCCCUCUGACAGUGGACUGUACAGCUGUGAAGCCACCAAUGACAUUGGAAGAGGAAAGUCACAGCCAGCUGAGGUUAAAGUCAGAUUUUCUUCAAAACACACACACAUCACGCAGUCGGCAGAGAAGCAGGAGCUUGACGGGAGGAGCUCCGUGAUGCUGAGCUGCUUCAGUCACAGCUUUCCCCCAGUCCAACACUACUCAUGGUACAGGAAGAGUCAGGGAGAGGAACAGGAUGAACUUGUGUCCGAGCAUCAAAACCACACAGUGUACUCAAACCAGUCAGGAGUCUACUACUGCAUCGCAAAAAAUGUAGUAGAUCAAAGUUUGUCUGAUCCCGUCCAUCUGUUUGAACCCACAGGAAACUAUCUGGACAUCCUGAAGUUCCUCGUUCCUGCUCUACUUGUCCUGAUGAUCAUCAUUUUAAUCGUCAUAGUUUUAAGACUCAGGAGGAAAAAAUCUAUUCAACAAGGAACAACAAACGCCAAAUCCCCUUCUGGAUUUUCGGAGCAGUUGAGUCGUCCAGACGCCCCUGAACACCAGCCUCUUCCAGACAGCACGUACGACCACACCCACUCAACACACUGUCCCCACCCAGGACAAGGAUCAUCAUGUGGGACAGAGUCAGACAUGGACUGCUGCUCAUGCUAUAGUCAAAGCAUCCAUUUAUGUUCUAUAUCCUCCGACAUGAAUAGCACAAUGAAAGUCUGCCCUGUUAUUUAUAAAAGUCAUUCACUCUAUCUACCUUUUAUAUUCCACAGGCCUCCGACCGACAUCAACCUUGUUUACAGCAUUUUGAAUCUGCCCCAGGUCGCCCCUCAACAAAACCCCACAAGACGGCAAGCUGGAAACACCAAGGAGGAUUCUGUCAACUACGCUCCUCUGAACUUUAAGAAUAAUCUGAAGAAGAAGCAAAGAAAGGUGGAAGAAGACCCUGUGUAUGCGAAGGUGUCCAAGCCAACGCGAGUUAAAAAGAAGGAACCAGAGAGCCUGCAGGACUAUGAAAACAUUAGUGAUGCAGCUUCACAUGCACCAACAUCUCCAAAUCUAUUUGACGACCACACCAGUGAAGGUGAAGUGGAACUCCACUAUUCAAAGGUGAGAUUCACAGCGACGCCCCGACGUCAGACGACCAACAGAGACUCCAGCAGCUCAGAAGAAGAUGAGAGUCUUUACUCUAACGUCAGGAUUUGACCCGAGAUGUUCUCGUCCUGCUUUUUACAGCUACCUCGGGCCUGAGGAAGUUUAUAUUCACAAUAAGUCAUCACAGAGAGUCUGAAGAGUUCAUGUGUUCAAUCUUGUUGCCAGUUGGAGUAUUUUAAAAUGAGUUAGCAAGAAGGCACAGAAGUUACAUUACUGAGCUAAAAUAUAAUAUAUACAUAUUUGAAAAUGUUAAUUAAUGGUUCUGGGGGAAAAAGCGAACUCAGCCAAAUGUGAGGGAUAAAUGUUUAAAGUACUUAUUUUGAAACUUAAAAUGUAAAUAAUGUGAGGGUAAAAUUAUUGUAUUAAUAACUUUUGAUAUAAUCUAUAUAUACAUAAAUUACAUGCAGUUGGACAAGAAAUGCUGAGAAUCACUGCUGAAUGUUUUUUGUGUGCUUUCCAGUGUUGUGAACUUAAUCCAAACCCACACACCUGAAAUGUAAAUAUCCUGUUGCUCAAAAUAAAAUGAAAUAUGUUGGAACAAA